AUGCUCGAAGUGCGCGACGUUCAUUUGUCGUUCGGCGGAAUCAAGGCGCUGCAAGGCGUCAGCUUCGCCGCAAAACCCGGCGAGAUCACCGGCGUCAUCGGCCCGAACGGCGCCGGCAAGACAAGCCUGUUCAACGCCAUUUCCGGCUUUUACCAGCCCGAUCGCGGCCAGGUCUUCUUUGGCGGCAACGAUAUCUCCCAUCUGUCGCCAGACCGGCGCGCCGAGAUGGGCAUCGCGCGAACCUUCCAGAACAUCGCGCUGUUCCGCGGCAUGACGGUGCUCGACAACAUCAAGCUGGGCGGCCACACGCGGCUGCGGACCGGGCUUUGGUCGGCACUGAGCUAUUUCGGGCCGGCCCGGCGCGAGGAGCUCGAACUGCGCCGCGAGAUCGAGGAGAAGGUCAUCGACUUCCUCGAGAUCGACCACAUCCGCAAAUACCCGAUCACCAUCCUGCCCUACGGCCUGCAAAAGCGCGUCGAGCUCGGCCGUGCGCUGGCCAUGCAGCCCAGGGUGCUGCUGCUCGACGAGCCGGUUGCCGGCAUGAACCGCGAGGAGACGGCCGACAUGGCGCGCUUCAUCCUCGACGUGCAGGAGCAGUUCGGCAUCACCGUCCUUCUGGUCGAACAUGACAUGCACAUGGUCAUGGACAUCUGUUCGCAUAUCGUGGUGCUGAACUUCGGCCAGCAGAUCGCGUCCGGCACGCCGGCGGAAGUCUCCGGCGACCCCGGCGUCAUCGAAGCCUAUCUCGGCGCGGCAGCGUAG